AUGAAGUUUCAAUCAUUCUUUAUGCUGUUUCUCUCUGCAGCUAUAGCAGCAAGUACAACAUUAGGCACAGAUUCAUCAAAUUUGGUGUCUAGUAGUGCUUGAAAAUGCUUAGCAGGCUUGGGAAGAACAUAUGCGAUACUAAGAGGAUACCAAAGUUCAGGACUUUUGGACCCAAACGCAAUACAAAAUAUAAAAAAUGCAAUUUCAGGUGGCCAAAAGCAGGUUGAUGUUGUUCUUUAUCCUUGUUUUCCUUGCGGCAAUGCUCAGGGCCAAGCCACAGUUUUAGUAGAUUCUCUUAGAGGCCAAAAGUAUGCGAAUAUUUGGAUUGCGGUCCAAGGUAGCCAAUGGUCAAGCACAGUUGGGAAUAACCAGCUCUUUUUCGAGGAUAUGGCAGAUGCAAUUUUAACUCUUGGUAAAAAAUUUGGAAUUUACACAAGUGCUAAUGAUUGGGGAAAUAUCAUGGGUGACUAUAGUUAUUAUUCAGGAUCUCCUCUAUGGUAUUAUCAUUAUAACAAUGUUCAAAGCUUCAGCGAUUUUCAACCUUUUUCUGGAUGGACUGCUCCAACGCUAAAACAAUAUAACGCUUCAAGCACCCUUUGUGGAACUAACGUAGGGUUAGAUUGGUCUUAA